AUGUCUAUUCGUAUAUGCCCAUCACUCUUGUCUUGUGAUUUCUCCCGCCUUGGCGAGGAGUCAAAAGCAGUUUUAUCUGCUGGAGCGGAUGAGUUACACGUGGAUGUGAUGGACGGGCACUUUGUCCCCAAUUUGACACUUGGUGCGCCGAUAGUCAAGUGUCUCCACGCAGCACUCCCACACGCGUUUUUAGAUUGCCAUUUGAUGAUAGAAGACCCCAAAAGAUGGGCGAUGGAUUACGUCAAUGCCGGUGCGUCGCUUGUGACUUUCCACAUUGAAGCGGUCAAAGACAUUUCCGAGGCGGAGGAAGUCAUCGAGAUCUUACAUUCACACAACGUUAAAGCCGGUGUUUCUCUUAAACCAAAAACUCCUGUCAGUUCCGUUGAAAAGAUUCUUGACAAAAUCGAUAGAGUACUCGUAAUGACGGUAGAGCCCGGAUUUGGGGGACAAUCUUUCAUGGCGGAUAUGAUGCCAAAAGUCGAGGAGAUUAGAAAGAACCACAUAAACCUCGACAUCCAGGUCGACGGGGGGAUUUCCGAUAAAACAAUUGGAGUUGCUAAAACAGCGGGGGCCACUUCUUUUGUUGCGGGAUCGUAUGUGUUCAAGGCAAAAGACUAUAAAAUCCCAAUUGACGCACUUAGAAAUAAUUAA